GUGUGAAGGGAGGAAGGGGGAGCAGAGCGGAGCUGCCAGGCAGGGUAGAGAGGGCACAACAACUUCUGCAGAGCCCGGGACACGGAUUACACAGAAGGCUGAAUACAAAGGUAUCUUACAGCUGCCUGGAUGAUAACCAGGAGUCGGGAGGCCCAGCCAGGAGCUUCAGUGUGGGACUGCUGGUGGUGGUGUCUCCUCCGUCUCCUGCACUGAAGCCAGGCUGAUAGACGGAGCUGUGGGCAGUGACAAAACAGACGAUGGAGGUACCUCUUGUUAAUUUUGAGAACAUGGAUGAUGUCGGCAUCCACCUGGGUGACCCGAGCGACUCCGGGUACCCGACUUCACCCCCCUCAGAGGCCCCUGAUCAGAAUCUGUUAACACACCGUUUCACUUCUCCUAACCUGUCUCCACACAGACAACGAAGUGAGCAUCAGUCUGGCCAAGAUGGGUUGUCGCCAUCCACUCCUCUGACGCAGACCACAAAAGCAGACUCCAGCAGUGGGAGUUUGAUCUCUAAUCUGAAACUCCUGAUCAACAGUGAGUCUCCCACUGACAGCAUCUUCAGCUUGAUGUUCGAGACCCAGCUCAGCACCCUGAAUAAGUUUCCCGAGACGCUGCUCGGUGACCCGAUGAAGAGGAUAAGCUACUUUGACCCAAUGAGAAAUGAGUACUUCUUUGACAGAAACCGCCCAUCCUUUGAUGGGAUCUUGUACUACUACCAGUCAGGAGGGAGACUCCGCCGGCCAGCCAAUGUUCCCUUAGAUGUUUUCACUAAUGAAAUUGUCUUCUACGAGUUGGGCAGUGAAGCGAUGGAGCAGUUUUGUGAAGAUGAAGGGUAUAUCAAAGAGCCAGAGGUCCUUUUGCCCACCAAUGAACUCCAGCGGCAGUUCUGGCUCCUGUUUGAAUAUCCAGAAAGCUCCAGUGCAGCCAAAUCCGUAGCUCUGGUCUCUGUGUUUGUUAUUGUCAUUUCCAUCUUCAUCUUCUGCCUGGAGACUCUGCCAGAGUUCAGGGAUGACCGUGACUUACUCCCAGGUUUACCUCAAGCUCUCAAUGGCACCCAAGACAGUUCUGCCCCUCAAGCUGCCACUAAAGAUGUAAUGGCUUAUAUAACAGACCCCUUUUUCAUUGUGGAGACUAUUUGUAUCAUUUGGUUCUGCUUUGAAGCCGGUGUCCGCUUCGUGGUGUGCCCCAGCAAAAGCGAUUUCUUCAAUAAUAUCAUGAACAUCAUUGACAUAGUCUCUAUAAUUCCCUACUUUGUAACCCUGGGCACUGAACUGGCUACGACCCCAGAUGAGGACAUGAACUCUGGUCAGAACAUGUCGCUGGCAAUCCUAAGAAUCAUCCGUCUAGUGAGAGUUUUUAGAAUUUUUAAGCUCUCCCGACACUCAAAAGGCCUUCAGAUCUUGGGUCAGACUUUGAAAGCCAGUAUGCGAGAACUGGGGCUGCUCAUCUUCUUCCUUUAUAUAGGAGUCAUCUUGUUCUCAAGUGCCAUCUACUUUGCAGAAGUGGAUGAGCCCCAGACACAGUUUGUUAGCAUCCCUGACGGCUUCUGGUGGGCUGUGGUGACAAUGACCACUGUGGGAUAUGGAGACAUGUGCCCCAUCACCAUGGGAGGCAAAAUGGUCGGCACACUCUGUGCCAUUGCUGGUGUCCUGACCAUUGCCUUGCCUGUUCCUGUCAUUGUCUCCAACUUUAACUAUUUUUACCACCGGGAGACUGAGCAAGAGGAGAAGCAGAUUAUUGACGCUGCAGCAGAGGCUGCCCAGAAACUGUCAGCUGCUAACAAGUAUGGAAGCACACCUUCGCUAAACAAAAGUAAUGGCACUUGGCAGAAUGAGAAGAAUGGCACGACAGAGAAGCUAGAAUAGCCAUUAAUAUAAAGGGCAUGAAAAACACAUGGACAAAUCAAACAUCUGUUAGUUACACUGGGUGAUAACAGUUUAUCUUUCUCACUGUUUUGUGUCCAGACAUGACGGCAUUUGUGCAUGUUAUUACAGUAUGAACUGGCACUGUGGUGAGACAGCCUUUACACAAGUUGUCUUUCUGCUUGUGGAUGUGUCAAAGUGCAAUUAAUACAACUCAACAACUACUGUCUCAGUUAUCUUUGAUGAGAGGAACCGAAAGGUAUGAUUAUUAUCUUUCAUUCAGCACAGUUUGAAGGAAAAAGUGAUGGCACAUUUGUACUACAGACAAACAGUUUUGUCUGAAAAUAUAGUUGUAAAAUGUCCCCCUGGUUUGUUUAACAGUACGUUUAUCCCACAGAGAAAACAAAUAAAAACGGUUUUGAUAAUUGUAGCAUUUUUGGCUGGAGAUGCACUUGAAGCUCAUGUUACAUCACAGUUACAUGAUAGUCAUAUUCAGCAACAUCUAAACAGACCUUGGCAGGAUUUCCAAGGGCAGGCGAAUGUGUCCAGUAUAAGGCAAGAGGACGAUCAGGGCACACGGUCUGAUCAGCCAAUCUAAAGCUGUGACUAUUCCUCCAGCAGCACUUCUCCAGGGUAACAGUGAUAAGUCGUUUGCAUGUUAGCAUGUCUCCUAUUAAUCUUAUAGAUAGGCUGCAAAAUGUAAAUCAAACGAUGAAACUGCUUAACAUUCACUGUAUUAUAGUACAUGAAGUGCCUGCAUGUAGUUUCAGUCAUUAAAUCGCAGGGUUUUUUUGGGGGGGGUGGUUACCUAUUUUCAUUUGAUUUAGCGUUUUUCACCAGAUGACAGAGAUUUAGCUAUAUGUGUAAUCACCCCCAAACAUGUUAUUAUAAUGUGCAUUGACCUUUUAAAAAACAUCACUUCAUUGCACUUAGCGUUUUUUCUACAUUUCUCAAGUAUUUUUGGAGCAGUACACCAUCGGCUGUUUAUGAUCAGACAGAGUAGUGAAGAGGGUAAAGACGACAACUUUGACCAUUUGUUCUGUCAUUUGUAUUGCAUGGCGUAGUGUGCUGAAAUGAAGUUCAUCUGUUAUUAUCAGUAACUGGAAAUCUGACAUUUAUUGCAGCUAAAUAUAUUAUAGCAUCUUAAUCAUAUAGUGAUGAUCUUUAUAUUCCAUAUGACAAGGAAAGCCAAUAUUUUAACUGGAUUUGUGAUGGCGACAGAUCAAACCUGGGAAACUGAAGUGGUUCUAUAUAUGCAUGCCACAUUUCAAUCUCGAAAAUGUACUGUAUGUGAGUUAAUUAUACAUAUAAAUACAGCUUGUAUAGACAUAACAGUGGAUGUACUGUAGUUGUAACCAAGUCAUUGCCUCUCUAAUAACUCUACAAUAUGCAAUAAUGAUGACGUGGGUGGAAAAUGAAUAUGCUGUAUUUUUCACUCAUGGAAAAUGCAAAAGCAAAUAUAAAAAUGCAGUAAGGUGACUUCAGUUAGUCACACUGGUACUUGGCACUUUACUGUGUUAUGAAGCACUAAAUAUUUGAA